GGCGUUACAAAAGAAAUCAAAGUUAACGCCAAAGAAGAAAGAAAAAAGAACAAGGAAUGCUCAAGGGAAUCAAUCCACUGUAGUGCAAACCGGUUUUUCAUUGGGUCCCUGAGCUGAUUACUUCUCACAUCAACGGCUUCUCCUAUCGCUCCUGAUUUCCUGAUAGUUUUCCCGCCGACUCAAAGUAUCGCUUCGGCUGUCAUGGCCUCCGGUCUCAUGAGGAUUGUCUUUGGUCUCCUAACCUUCGUCACCGUCGGCAUGAUCAUCGGUGCUUUGUUUCAAUUAGCAUUUAUAAGAAGGCUGGAAGACUCUAUCGGCACUGAGUUUUUAUCAGCUGGAAGGUUACAUAAAACUCAGUAUGAUGGCCAACGUCAAUUCCUUCAAGGCCUUCCUAAUUGGAUUAACGAUAAAGAAGCAGAAAUUCUUCGUCUUGGCUAUGUUAAACCAGAAGUAGUAAGCUGGUCACCACGAAUCAUUGUGUUGCAUAAUUUUUUGAGCUCAGAGAGAGGCAGACUUACUUGCAGACCUCCUCAACUUAUCAUCCAGCCACCACAGCUGGGUAUCGUGGAGUGCGACUACCUUAAGGCAAUUGCACUUCCUCGCCUUGAAAUUUCCACUGUUGUGGAUACAAAAACAGGGAAGGGAAUUAAGAGUGAUUUCAGAACGAGCUCUGGAAUGUUUUUAAGUCAUCAAGAGAGAAAUUAUCCAAUGGUCCAGGCAAUAGAAAAAAGAAUUUCUGUCUAUUCUCAAAUACCAAUUGAAAAUGGAGAGCUCAUUCAAGUAUUAAGGUACGAGAAGAAUCAAUUUUACAAACCCCACCAUGACUACUUUUCUGAUACUUUUAACUUGAAGCGUGGUGGUCAGCGAAUUGCAACCAUGCUUAUGUAUCUAACUGAUAACGUUGAAGGUGGAGAAACCUACUUUCCGAAGGCUGGUUCUGGCAUGUGUAGUUGUGGUGGGAAAACCGUCCCAGGGUUGUCAGUUAAACCAGUCAAAGGAGAUGCAGUGCUUUUCUGGAGCAUGGGAUUGGAUGGACAGUCGGAUCCUAAUAGCAUUCAUGGAGGUUGUGAAGUACUGGGAGGCGAAAAAUGGUCUGCCACAAAAUGGAUGAGGCAAAAGAGUACUCUGAUAUUCAAAGGUCACACUCCCAGAGGACCCCAAGAUGGGGACGCCAAAGUUGGGAGGCUUGUUGAUGGCGAUCAACAUCUCAACGCUGCCAAAGUUUCAUUGGGAGUUCUUGGAAUUAUUACACAGGUGAUCACAUCUCCCUGGUCUCUUCUUUUUCUUCUUAUUAGACCAUCAAAAUCCCUUUUCAAAUAAAAUUUAUAAAAAGGAUAGGAA